AUGCAUCCGUUCAACGGGUCAGACCAGUCGUACUACCCGUACGGCUACUCGGCCGCCACGGCCAACGUCUCGCACCACUUGUCCAGCAACAACCUCUACACCUCAUCGCCCGGCGCCGGCUCUACACCGCCCGUACCCGGCGGUCACUCGCCGGGCAUAUCGCGCUAUACUAUGCUGAAGGGUAUCGGGUACUCACCCUACGGCCCACCCGUGCAGUACCAGAGCGGGCUGGCCGGUGGAGUGCCGGGCAGUUCGCUGCUGUCAGCCGGCAAAGAGAUGGUCAAACCUCCCUACUCUUACAUAGCGUUGAUUACGAUGGCCAUCAACGGGUCGCCCGAUAAGAAGGUGACCCUCAAUGGUAUCUAUCAGUUCAUAAUGGAUAAGUUCCCGUUUUAUCGCGAAAAUAAGCAAGGUUGGCAGAAUAGUAUCAGGCACAACUUGUCGCUGAACGAGUGCUUCAUCAAAGUGGCCCGGGAUGAUAAGAAACCGGGUAAGGGUAGCUACUGGACACUGGAUCCCGACUCGGUCAACAUGUUCGACAACGGGAGUUACCUGAGGCGGCGCCGGCGGUUCAAGAAAAAGGAUGCCAUUAAGGAUAAGGACGUCACCGAUCCCUGUGCUCAGUCGGUAGGCGCCGCGAAGGACAGGCGCGCGAACGCUAAUAGUUGUGCCAAUGCUAGUAAUAAUAAUAAUACUAUCGGUGCUGCCGUUAAGGAGCUACAGGGGCUGUCGAACGCUGGUAGUCGACGCUUGACUGAUAGCCAACUGAAAGGUACGGCCGAUGAUGGGUCGGCCGCCAAAGGCAACGCCAACUCCAGUCCUAAUCAUAAUAAUGGUAGUAAUAACGGCAACAGCGCUACCGGCCCUCAUCGCACCGGUAGGUCGAUCUCAAGAUACUCGCCGAUCAGGCAGUCGUCGCCCAAUUCAUACAUCUCUCGACCAGCCAUAGGGACCGUCAUAUCAAUGGCCAACAGUAGCGGUAACGGCGGAACCGUAGCCCAUAAUCAGCAACACAUACCGGUGCCCACUAGUAUACAGUCGCGCGUACUUCUCAACCAAAUCAUCAAUAACUGCAAUAAUAGUAGUGAUAGUGUUGUGAAUAUCGGCGCCGGUAUGUCCGGCCAGGCGUUUAAGAAGGAACUCAUAGAUAAGUGCGAACUGUCCUCAUGUAUGCAAAACAGCAUUCACUACCCGUUCCCUGACGUCAAGGCCAACUGCGCCCGAGAUAUACUCCAAUACCAGCCCCACCACCAGCACCCGGGUAUGUCGGCGCUGGUAGGCCAGGACGAUGUGAUCACUGCCAGUGAUUCGAUGGACAACCCUAUCAACAGCUUCUCAGUGGACGGCCUAAUGGCCGGCCGUGUGGGGAACGGUAACCUAAUUCGGGGCCAAUGUUUGUACAGUACGUGCUCACCGCCUAUGGGCACGAGUAGCCCGCACGACACCUACUCGCCCCCUCUGGACGCCCACCACUACACCUCGGACAGGCUGUCCGACCCUCAGGCCAUGGGUAUAGUGAUCGAGGAUAUCAGUGCAACGGCACUGAGCACCGGUAGCGGUCACCUGACAGUGCAGGCGACGGCCACCGCCAGCCUGAGCGCCGGGCCCUACGAUAGGAACGGCUGGUACUCGACGGCUGCCACCGAUUCGCCCGAAUGUGAUACCAGUGACGGCGGGCCGACCGACCGGCAACUAUACGCCAGCGCCUGUAUGCGCGAUAUGUACGACAGGGCUCACCAGCAAUCGGACAGUAACGGCGCUGCCGUGGCUACCAGUGCCGGACUGUCGCCCCAAAUGAAUACAGUGAGUAACUGUCUGUAUGUGAAUAGUAGUGCCGAUAGCUUUCCGACUAGUAGUCCGACGGCUAGCGUGACAGUGGGCACCGGUAGCGCGUAUUACCCCAACUGUCGCAGUCCGUAG